CUCGCACAGUUGACGUUCCAACUGCAAUCUGAACAUUUGUUAGUUGCAGCUAACUAAAAUUUACCACAAAAGUUAAAUUCAUUUGUUUAUACUCAGUGUGGGCUGGGAUCAAAAUGAAUUGGAUUGCAUGGAUGGUAAUUGCGGUGUUCCUGUUGAACCAUGGUGCUUAUGGAUCAUUGGAUGAUGAUUAUCGACUUGGUAACAAUUACAAUCCAUUACGCUAUGAUAUUCAUAUAACUCUGGACGACGAUUUUGUUACAAAGAAAACUUUUACGGGUACCACACGAAUUUCUGUGAUGGUUAAUGAUGGUAAUAGGCAGAUGGUACGACUUCACAAAGCUCCAGAAAUGGUCCUGACUGAGGUGUGGUUAGAACAAGUAAAUCUUGAUCUCAACAAGAUUCAAUACAACAAGGACACAGAAAUUAUGGAAAUUCCUCUUGAAGAUGCAUACCAGGAGGGACAAAGUUUCAGCUUAAAAUUUGUGUUCGUUGGUACUCUGUACGAAGAUAUGAAUGGGUUCUACCUUAGUACUGUGGAUCAAUCUGAUGAAAUCAUUGCAUCGACUCAGUUUCAACCUACCUUUGCACGACGAGCGUUUCCUUGUUUUGAUGAACCAUUAUUCAAAUCAGUUUUUAGUAUGUCGAUUACCACACCAAACGAUUAUCAUGUUUUGGGUAACCAGCCAGGUCAAGAAGUCCCAAUCCCAAGAAAUAUGAAAGUUACAGAAUUUGAGGAUACACCAACAAUGUCAACGUAUUUAUUAGCAUUUGUAGUGUCAAAUUAUGAGUCAAAAGUAGUAUCAUCCAACUUGCUACCAAUGGCUAUUUGGACUCCGAGGAAUGUUGUUGGUCAGGCGGAUUUUGCCGCCCAGGUUUCCUAUAAAAUUAUCGAAAAUCUUAGCAAUCAGCUCAACUCUGGAGGUCAAAAUAUUGCUUUUGAUAUGAUGGGUAUGAAACAUCUAGAUCAGGUUGCUGUACCUGAUUUUGCAGCAGGUGCGAUGGAGAAUUGGGGACUUGUUACUUACAAGCAAAGUAAAUUGUUAUGGAGUCCCAGUGAGUCUACAAUUUGGGCCAAAGAAAUCUUACUUCGUGUAAUCGCACAUGAAUUCACACAUAAUUGGUUUGGUAAUUGGAUUACAACAAAAUGGUGGGACACAACAUGGUUAAACGAAGGUUUCGCUAAUUACUUCGAGUACCAUGGUUUGGGAGGUGUUGCAGUUGCGAAAGGUUUCGAAUUAGAAAAACAAUUUGUUAUCAACGAGAUGAUCCCGAUUAUGGAAACUGAUGCCGGAGCGUCCUCUCUACCGUUGACUAGCGCCGCCUAUACUGUUCCCGAAAUUCGAGCAAAAUUUGGUUCUAUUACUUACAACAAAGGUGGAUCUAUUAUUCGUAUGAUGCGAUACAUUGAUAGUAAAAACUUUUUGAAGCAUCUCAAUACUUACCUGGCCCAACAUAAAAACGAAGCUGUCGAACCAAAUGAUCUAUUUGAAGUCUUUGGAAUUGUAAACAACGAAAGCUUUGAGGAUGUAAUGCGCAAUUGGAUUGAGAAACCUGGUUAUCCAGUUGUAGAUGUUAUAUUUACCAAUACCGAGGGUGAAUAUAAAAUUAUCACACUAUCACAAAAACAAUUUUUCUAUAGCAGACCAGAGGACAUAGUGGAUACUACCUGGUACGUGCCAAUCUGGUACCAAGUUGUUAAUGAUACUAAAGGACCCAUAUUUGCUCAACUCUUAAAACCUGGACUUAAUGUUACCCUGAAGGUUUUUAAGAAUGCUACUGUAAUUAUAAAUCCCAUGAGGAUGGGUUAUUACCGUGUAAAUUACGACCAGAAUUUGUGGGAAGAUAUUAUUCAACAACUAUGGACAGAUCAUGCUUUGAUCGAUGAUGUCACCAGAGCUCAACUUAUCGAUGACGCCAUGAAUCUGGCACGUGCACAACAGCUUUCAUAUGAUAUUGCGUUUAGGUUGUUAGGUUAUCUACAAUAUGAAAGUCAAUAUCAUCCAUGGAAGUCCGCCAUGUUGUCUUUUACAUACCUGCAGAAACGUUUUAGUGGAAGUGACCUAGGGAAUCGUAUUUCAGCACAAAUCAAUCAAUUGAUGGGUAACUUAUGGACUACCUACAAAGGAUUCCAUGUGGAUGAAAACAUGGCUUAUUCAGAAGUGUACGCAAAGGUCCUGGCUCUGCAAUGGCGUUGCCUGCUUGAGAAUGACGACUGUAUUAAGGAAGCAAAGGAACUUUACUCAGGAAUGACCACCAGACUUGGACCUAUAAAUGCCAACGUUCGUAAUGUGGUGUAUUGUUCAGCAUUGCGUCACUCCAACGUAAGCGAUGAUUGGAAUUUCCUGUAUAACAAAUAUAAGGAAAGUUUAGUAGCUAACGAGAAGGAAGUUAUUCUGACAGCGCUAGGAUGUACCAAAGACAAAGUACUACUAAAAAAUUACCUGGAACUUUCUGUGAAUCCUGUGGAAAUUCGGAAACACGAUGGCAUCAAUGUUUUCAAGGCUGUACUUGACGGUAAUCCGGAAUCAAUGGAUGUUGCCAUUGAAUUCCUAAACUCCAAGUUUACAAGCAUUCCACAAACGUAUAUGACUAAAGCCAUAUCUGCUCUUGGUGAUCAGUUAAGAAAUGAACAUUUAAAACAGUUUCAGGAAUUUGUAGAGACGCACCGGGUGGCACUUGAAGAGAAUGCCAAAGUGGCAGAUGCAGCUAUAGCUACAGCUCAAGCUAAUAUUGAUUGGACAGAAAGUAAUAAAGAAAAACUUGAUGAGUAUUUGACUGCUGAUGGUAUUGAUGUUUAUAAACAAAGUAGCUAUGGGCUGGGUUUGGUAAUGUGCACUAUUGUUACCAUUAUUAAUCAUUACAUUUAAGUAUAAUUGAGGAUACGAUAUAAUUUUGGUAAAUUUAGUAGUAGUUGGAAAUUAAAAUGGCUUUUUAGAUUUCUAUGUUUUAAGAUAGGCAACUUAUUUUACCCGGAACCCUUUAAGUAGUUAAAAUCAAUAAUUUUAACUGCAUUUCAGUUUAAAUUUUUGUUUUAUUCUUUGAUGUAAUUUUAUUUCAAAUAAAUUAAAAUUAAUGUUUAUAAAUUAGUUAAAUUAAAUAAAAUGGCAUUAAUAAAUAAUAAUUACUCACACAUAUUUUAAUAUUUUAUAUUAAAAGUAAAAUAAAUUAUAAAUAAAUAAUUGGCAUACAA